AUGAAUAGCUACGGAACACAGGGAUCACCACAACUGCAGUUUAGAAACAGGUCAGAAACUUUACCAACAUCAUUCUUUAAAAAUCAAGUAACGUCUGGGUACAUGAUCAAUCCAAUAACUAUAAAUGAACCAAACAAUGAGCUACUAAAUGUUUCCAAGGAUUUGGGAAUAUCCAAAUCGCCGAACCACCAAAACCUCGUGGAUAUACAUUUGAGAACUCCGCCGGCAAACAGAGUAAGAUCAGGAUCGCUCUUUUCAACCAACUCAAUUUGGAACGAUGACAAUCAAUCUUCAUCAAACGCAACGAGCUUAAAUUCGGACUCUGGCAAUUUUUUAAGUCCACCUUUGGAUUCAACUACACCAUCACAUUCAAUCCCGCUUUUGCAGCUAAGAAACAGGUCCUAUACUAUAAAUGCAGCUGCGCCAAACUCGUUUGCUACGGAAAGAGGCUCUCCCUUUGUUUCCAUGUCGAAUAAAACAAGUGAUAUGAAUUCGCUUUUGGACAAUUAUGUAAACAACCAUAGAAGAAUCAGAUCACAAACAUGCACCGCAAGUAUACCACCACCACCACCACCACCAUCACACCAACAACAACAACAACAACAACAACAACAACAACAACUGAAUACACGACAAUUUGCUCCUGUUUUUGAAGACGAGAACCAAAUGUCGUCUACUCAUCAGAACAAUGUCAAUUCCGGUAAUAAUACAGAUCAGCUUUUAGAGAUUAUUACGAAACUAGCCCCUAGAUGCAAUCUUGGCAAGAUCAAAUCAAUCAUUAAUAAAUCUAAUACAUUUCCACACUCAAAAUAUCAAGAUGAUUUCGGUCCUUUGCCCGAGCCCAUCCCAAAUAGACAAUUUGAUGCCCCGACUUUGAGAGAAUUGAGAAAGAUCCUCGAAAGCCAGGAAUCAGCAGAAUCUUCUAGCCUUUUAUUAUCAUCGCCUUCUUCUUCUUCUUCAUCAUCUUCACCUUCAUUGCCUUUUAAAUUGGAUGAACUCGCAUUGGCUAUGCUUGACGAAUUGCCAGAAAUCUGCUAUGACUACUUGGGUAACACAAUUGUGCAAAAAUUGUUUUCCCAGCUUGAUGACAAGUUGGUGAAAUUAAUGAUGGUUAAAGAAGUGGCUCCUUACUUGACUCAACUAGGAUGCCACAAGAAUGGUACCUACGCAGUGCAAAAGAUGAUUUCUUUGGCACGUUCUGAGUAUCAACAGAUGUAUCUCAUUGGGGCCAGUUUAAAGCCAUACGCAGUAAAGCUAUUCAAUGACCAAUUUGGAAAUUAUGUAAUUCAGGGUUGCGUCAAGUUUGGUUCUCCGUAUAAUGAUUUUGUUUUUGAGGCAUUAUACGAUAACUUUUUAGAAAUCAGUUUCGGUAGGUACGCCGCUAGGUGUAUACGUACAAUAUUGGAGAGCAGCCUUGAAGCCAACCCUGUCCUUACCAACGAGCAGGUUCUAUUAGUCGCUGCAUUGAUUGUGGAACACUCGGAAGAGCUAGUAGUGAAUGCCAAUGGGAGUUUGUUAAUCACUUGGUAUAUAGAUACCUUUAGUGAUUGCGAGUACAAAGUGGAGUUAUUAACGAAAAAGCUCUUGCCACAUUUGAAGAAACUCUGUACUCACAAAUUGGCAAAUCUCACAAUUUUGAAGUUGUUAAACAACCGUACCGACGAUAAAUCGAGACAAAUCAUUAUUGACACAAUAUUCCAAAAUGAAAAUCUUGAAGCAAUUUUACGAGAAAAUGAAAAUGCUAAUUUGAGUGCUGGCCCCCUGUUUCUUUACAAAAUAUUGAGCAAUUCAAUGUUAGCUGACUUGGCUUCGCCAUACCUUCCAACUGUUAAAAGGGUGCUCAUGGAAAUCAGCAUAGUCAACUACCACAACUACAAAAAAUUGAUGGAUGAGGUUGGUUUAAGCAGUAAUAGAUUAACCAGAAAUAGUACAAAGAGGAAUGGAAGAAGAAGAAAUAGGUAUGAGUACCCAAAACAGUAUGAAUCCCCUUACGUUCCUUUACAACCAACUACUACUAAUUUCCAACAAUUUAUGAACCCCCCUCCUUCGAUGUAUAUGAUGCCAUACUAUCAACAUCCGUCUCAGGAACAGCAGUAUCUCCCACCACAGCAAAUGCUGCCCCAGGAUUUGGCUGUCAUGCAGCAGUUGGAGCAAUUAUCAAUGAGCAGCGCUGCGUUGGGAUACAAUUCAAACCCAGGUACUCCCACAAUGCAGAGAAAUCUGUACAUUUAA